UGACGGGGGGGGCCCUGUGACGGGGGCCCCCCCUGUGACUUGGUCCGUGGCAGCUCGGAUCGCAUAAAAACGAGGAGCGCCGAGCGCAGAGCAGCUCAGACUUCUCCAACUCUGCCCAGGUGAACUUCACUAGCGUGUUAUGGAGCGCACUUUCCGGGAGCAGCUCUUCUUUCUGCUGUUGUGUCUGUCCGUCCUCAGCGGUGACUGCAGGUACAUCGAGAACAACGACGUCUCCAAGGAUGAACUCUACGCGCUUUUCAAGUCGGAUCUCAGGAGGGAGAUUCCUGACCUGUUAAUGUAUCGCCGACCUUUGCGUUGCCUGGACAUGGUGGCCAUGGAGGGUCAGUUCACCUUCACAGCAGAGACCCCUCAGCUCAGCUGCGCGGCUUUCUUCAUGGCAGAGCCCAGCGAGGUGAUCAGCGUGGAGUAUGACAGCGUGGACAUCGACUGCAGCGGAGGAGACUUCAUCACAGUGUUCGAUGGCUGGGUGAUGAAAGGCGAAAAGUUCCCCAGCUCCCAGGACCAUCCGCUGCCUCUGUACGAGCGCUACGUGGACUACUGCGACUCCGGGUCCGCGAGGAAAAGCGUGCGCUCCUCCCAGAACGUGGCCAUGGUCUUCUUCCGCGUCCACAGCGCCGGCAGCAGCUUCACGCUGACAGUCAGGAAGCACACCAACCCCUUUCCCUGCAAUGUCAUCUCGCAGUCACCAGAGGGCAGGUACACCAUGGUGAUCCCGCAGCAGCACAGAAACUGCAGCUUCUCCAUCAUAUAUCCAGUGGCCAUCGACGUCUCGGAGUUCAGCCUUGGACGACGCAACAAUUUCCCCAAGAGGUCGUUACCUGGAUGUGCGGAGUCUGGGGACUACGUGCAGUUGUUGGGAGGAAGUGGUAUUGACACAUCUAAACUGCUUCCCAUCACAGACCUCUGCAUCUCCUUCACUGGACCCACCCAUUUGAAGAUCGGCUGCGAUAACACAGUGGUGAGGAUGGUGUCCAGCGGGAGGUUUGUCAGUCGUGUGUCUUUCAGCUACCGGCUACUGGACAGCCAGGAGCUACAGACGAUCAAACUCAACAACGUGGAAGAUUUUUGUUUCAACAACUGAUCCCAAAAGGGUCACAAUGUGACAAAUGUAUCAUUUGACUGCCAGACAUUUUUAAAGUCAUUUUCCACCCAGUUGGUCUAUGAUCCAAGGACACUGAAGCGAAAUGAAAACCAAUAAACAUCCUGUGAGACUACAUUUACUGGCAUUUUGAGUUUAUUGCCCCAUGGUCUCAUUCUUAUGGCUCAUUGUUGUUGCAAAACAUACUGUAUAUCAGUUUAAUGUCCUUUUUGUAUUUAAUGGGACCGCUGUUGUCUUUAUUUAUGCUUCGUUUACAACAUGUAUAUUCAUUGACUUGGGAUUAUUGUUAUAAAGUUUAUGAGUUUGUGAUUCUCGAAGAUGAAUGGUGCUAAAAUGAGUGUUGUGUCUAUUCUGUUUGUACGGGUGAGACAUGAUGUACCGAGUCAAUUCAUGUAAUACAGAAAGAAAAUAAAAGAAAUUUGAGUAUCUGGUGCCAUUCAGCAGUUAAAUUUGGUUGAAAAAAUACUUUUGUAAUAAAUUUGUACGGCAUGGCAAC